CUGUGGCAACAAAUCUCUCGAAGCAAAUUUUCUAAAAUAACUGGAAAUUUCAUGAAAAAAAAUGUCUCGUUACAGCCGAUCUGAUCCCGAGAUGUUAGACUACGAUAAACCGAGUGUCUGUGCAAGUUUCAUGCAUUAUACAUGGAAAACAAUAACGUGUCUCCUCUCGCAUAUAACUUUGGUUUCAAUGGUGGUGUCUUAUUGUGUUCUAGGCGCUUUCACGUUCGAAGCUUUGGAAGUGCACCACGAAAAAGAUAUAAAGCGCAACAUUAGCAAACUUCGCUACAACGUAACCUCCCACUUAUGGAAUCUAACAACUUCAUUAGAUGUCCUCCGGGAAGAUAAAUUUAAGUUGGGUGCUGAAACUUAUCUGAAGGAAUUUGAAGGUGCCAUCCUUAAAGCCAUGACUAAGGACGGUUGGGAUGGCGAGGAAGACCCCAAUAUUGUCCAAUGGACCAGCACUGGAGCUUUAUUCUAUUCCAUCAUUGUCAUCACCACGAUAGGUUAUGGCCACAUUUCCCCCAAAACCCAGUGGGGGAAAAUCGUCACAAUAUUCUACGCAAUUCUGGGAAUCCCCCUUAUGCUCUUGUGCCUUUCCAACAUCGGUGACAUCAUGGCCACAUCUUUCCGGUUUUUAUACUGGAGAGUUUGUUGUUAUUUCUGCACCAAAAGACCCAAAAGAAAACGCUCAAAACGUGGAAGUACUCGAAGCAGUGCUCGGAUGACUCCAGAGGGGCGCUUUUCACGUUCGAGGAAUCCUUCAUUUCGAAGGUCAGUACGAACAUCAACGAAAUCGGCCGAUAGUGGCUUCGGGAGAUCCGAAAUUGGUCACUACUCACAUUCGGAUACUGAAUUGAGGUACCAUGAGGAUUCUCGCGACCAGCACACUUCCCGUGGAUCCAGCCUCCCCCGUAUGCGCCCCUCCCAAAUCUCCCGGUUUUCCGACAGCAGUGUUCCCCAAAACCGGCGAAAGUCCUCCCAAACACGCAAAAGCGGGUCACUGGACCGACGCAAAGACCAUGACAUGAUUGAAAUGGAUCCCAUAAUCCUGGCAAAAACCCCCAUACUAUGCAACAAAUACGUGGUAGACAAAAACGAGAUCACCUCCAAUAACAUCCCUGGGAUUACGAUGCGCGAAUUGGAGGGACAAGGAGCCAAAUCUCUGUCCCGCAAUCCCCAGUACUUGGAACUACCACGUGCAUCAUCCCCGGGUUCCUCCUCACAAGGUUCCCGGCGAAGCCCAAGACCUAGGAGAAAAAAGUCCCCAGUGCGGCACAAUCCCAGUCCCAAAAUGAUGACUCCUUUGGGAUACGGACACAGGAGUAAAUACCUCGAUGAUCCCGACUCCGAGGAGGAGUUCUACGAGGAUGAGGACGAUUACUACGAGAUUGUGAGGACGAGGAUUCGGCCGGUGCCCAUCUGGUUGUGUGUUUUCCUCGUUGUUAGUUAUAUUGUAGCAGGAGCGUUUUUGUUCAAGUCUUGGGAGAAUUGGGAAUUGCUGGAUGCGGCCUACUUCUGUUUUAUUACUUUGACCACGAUUGGGUUUGGGGACUUGGUGCCGGCGAAAGGGGUCACUCAUGAUACUCUCGGCGAUGGGAUUAUUGACGAUGUUGAUGUGAAUCGAGCGACGAUUAGUAUUGCGUUGUGUUCGUUGUAUUUAUUGUUUGGGAUUGCACUCCUGGCGAUGAGCUUUAAUCUGGUGCAGGAGGAGGUCAUAGCAAAGGUGAAGCGAGUUGCGAAGACUUUGGGGAUUAUAAAAAAGGACGAGGAGGAUUCAGAGGAUGAAGUUUGAGUUUACUAAUGAUAAAACAAUUUGUCUUUUUUAGUCUUUAAUAAUAAUUAUUACGUCUGUAAAAAAUAUGUACUCUUUUAUUCUUUAAGAAAUAAACGACUUACGUUA